AUGGCUGGUGGCAACCCUGUUGAAAUGCAGAAUCAGGUAAAGUACCUGGGUGUGGUAUUGGACCAAAAGCUGCAAUGGGGGCCACAACUCCAAAAGGUCAUUGAUCGAGGUAAGUGGUCACUCAUGGCUUGCAGAAGGUGGGAGGAACCUGGGGGCUCAAAAAAGCCGGUGCUCAUGCACUGGCUAUUUGUCUCCGUGGUAAGGCCCGCCAUGACAUAUGGCUCAAUUGUGUGGUGGCCCAAGAUAGACUCGGUGUCGGCAGUGAGAGAUCUGGCUGCCGUCCAAAGACUCGCCAGUCUCAUCAUCACGGGCGCAAUGAGCAGCUGUCCGGGAGCCUCACUGAACUGCCUUCUCAACCUCACUCCGAUUGACCUGCAUGUCAAGGUCAUUGCGAGGAGGACUGCCUACAGACUCCAGUGUGAAAACCUUUGGUUGGAUGUUGGAGGAUCCCGAGGUCACUCUCGGAUCACUCAGCAGGUAAGAGGGGAGGUAAUGGACAUGCCUUCGGACCACACGCCGACUCAAUUCUUCUUCGCCAGACCAUUCACUGUCAUUCUUCCGUCCAGGGAUGAGUGGAUGUCUGGUGGGAAUCCUCUUCCACAAGGCGACCUUAAAUGGUAUACUGAUGGUUCAAAGGUAAGAGGUGGGACUGGGGCUGGAAUUCAUGGAGUGCAGAACGGGGUGGACAUUUGUCUUCCUAUGGGCACUCACCCAACUGUGUUCCAGGCCAAAAUGACUGUGAUAAUGGUAUGUGCUAGGGAAAACCUGAGGCUAGGCUUCAGGGACAUAAACAUUUCCAUUUUUACAGACAGCCAGGCUACGCUCAAAGCGCUCGACUCCUAUGAAUUCAAUUCUAAGGUGGUCUUGGACUCCCUUUCUGCUUGCGACCUGGGCAGGCACAACAAGGUAACACUCUGUUGGGUUCCUGGGCACUCAGGGAUAGAAGGGAAUGAGGUGGCUGACAGGCUAGCAAAUGUCGCGUCAGCCUCAGACUUCGUGGGACCACAGCCUUUCUGUGGAAUCUAUCGUGGGCAUGCAUGUCACUUAGUCAUGGCAUGGGCUCAGGAGGAACACAGGAAAAGAUGGGUUAGGCUUCAGCGCCAUAGGGUAAGUAAGCUCACCCUCUUCUCCCCUUCCCAGACGGUCGCCUCCAAUGCUCUAUGUUUAGACAGGAGGCAACUCAGACAGAUCACAGGAAUGGUCACUGGACAUGGCUUCCUCAAAAUUGCACCUGCAUCACUUGAGGAUCCACAAUGGUGA